AUGUGUGGAAUCGGAGGUUUUGAAAUGGAAAAGGAAGAGGUUGGUGAAUGGGCCUGUUUUUCUGAACUUCUAGGGUUAUUUCAGACUCUUCCAACCUAUAUUUUUUCAGAAUAAGCCCUUGUCCUUUCGAUUCCACGAAAAGCUCAACAUUACCAAUAAGCAAAUCGCCAAGCCAACAGUUUUUCAAGAUUUGACAUGGUAAAUUUGAAGAAAUUCAGAAAUAAUCAAUAAUUAUUAUUUUAAAGGCACAUGGGAAUCGACAAAAACUCACAAACAUGCUCGGUUUUCUUGCUUCUGGAAAACUAUGAUUCUUCAAAGUCUUAUCAAGUCGAAGGAUUUUUUAUUUUGGAAAAUGAAGAUGGAGAAGAACAAGAUUUGAAAGAUUUCAAAAAGGAGUUCACAUUUGAGGACAACAAAAUCAAUUUUCCCGUGGAAAUUUCAAAAAUUGAAGAUUCGGAUUUUUGGAUUACUUUUCCGAUAAGAAUCACUGUCAACAGUGCAACUGUUGAAGUUCCAACUCCUCCAUCAAUCCCCAAUAAGAUAUAUUUGAGAUUCCCUGGUAACCGUGGAUUCUACGUCAGCCGUGAUUUGUUGCGUCUGAAUUCUCGCUACUUCCAAGAUCUCAUUCAGGAUCACAAUCUAUUCAAUAACAUUUUCAUAAACGAAAACAUGAGAGCGUUCCAAGAUCUCAUCGAAAUUCUGGAUCCAGCAAAUUGGAACAAACCUGGUCAAAUCAAUCGAAACAACAUCGCAUAUCUGAUGACGAUGGCGGAGAAAUAUUCAAUGAUUUAUUUGAUGCAAAGAUGUGAAGAAGCAUUGAAGUACAGCAAACUAAUCUCAAAAGAAGAAGCGAUUUGGCUCGCGGACCAACAUAAAUUGCUUGGUGUUUUGAAUCCAGCUUUAUCGAGAUUUGCCAAUGUGCAUGACAUUGUCAAAUUCCAGAACAUGGAGAUCUACAGCAAUUUGGGACCGGCGACUCGAGCUGCGGUUUUGAAAAGGAAAGAUGUUCUUGAAAGCUUCGUAUCGGAAAUCAGUCCAAGACCAACAGAGAACCAAAAUAAAACUGAUUUGGAACAUCAUUGGAAUUCGCAACGUCGAGCUGAACCGCAAGAAUUGGAAUCAGGAUUGGAAUCAAGUGAACAAAAAAAUGCAUCAUCUCUCAAAACAUUGGAAGAUGAAAUUGAUAGAUUGCAAUCAGAACUAUUCAUGAAUGAAUCGGGAACUGGAACUGCACAACAAAUCGGACCAAACUCAGAUGGUCAACCGAAUCUUCAACAAAUUCAAACAGGACAAAGGAAUGGAGUUGAUCCUAUUCGAGAAGCUCAACAAAACUUGGAGCAACUUCAAAAACAAUUUGCUGGAUUCCAAUUUCAAAGGAAUGGAGCUGAUCCUAUUCGAGAAGCUCAACAAAACUUGGAGCAACUUCAAGACCAAUUUGCUGGAUUCCAAUUUGAAAAUCACUAUCAACAACAAAAUCGUGUUCAAGAUGAUCGAACAACUGCAGAACAAAUGUUGCAUCGUGUGAACGAAAUGCAAAAAAAUCUUCAAGAGAGAAUGGCAAUCUUCAGAGCAAGAUAUGGAAAUUAUGGAAAUGGACCAAGUUCGACCGCUCAAGAUCAUCUCGAAAUGCUUCAAUGGCAGAAUCUAAUUCAACAACGAAUUCGUGAAGAGAAAUUGAACAGAAGCAACAGAAUUUAUCAAAAUCUCUUGAGAGAUAUCCAAGCUGGAAAUUAUGUUCAAGUUUCCCCAGGACAUCGUGCGAAUUAUGGAUGGCGAUUCCAAAAUCCUGGAGCACCUAUUUUCCCAAGACCGCAAAAUUACCGAGGACCCUCGGGAGCUCACAAUUUCCAAUAA